AUGGCUUUAGACAGCCUCUCAGAGCAGUUCAAUCCCAUAAGGGAUUUGUGUUUGACAGCAAAAGAUAGUACCAUUUGCGGGGGAAAGAGAGAUGCCGAAUAUCAAGGUGCGACUGCGAUCCACAAUAUUACCUUCAGGGCAGAGGGAGGACAGGUAAUCUUGCUAGUCGGGGAGAAAGCUUCGCAGGUGCUAAGGAGGUUAGAAGUGGGAAACUCCGAAGUUAUGGUAAGACCUGCAGAGUCGCUUAGGGUAAAUGAGUACAGUUACCAAGAUUUUGCGAUAAGGUAUCCGCAGCAGAUUAUUUAUGACAAUGGACGAGACCUCCAUUUUGAGCACCUGACAGUGCAACAGACAGUUGAUUUUGUUGUGGAUUGCAAAUUUAGGUGUUCAAGGCAAGCUAAGCUUUCAAUUAGAGAUACAUUGCUCAGCGAUUUUAAAUUGAGCCAUACCCGUAGUGCCUUAGUGGGCAGCGAGGGAUGUGUCGCGGCAGGGAGAGGAAGUGGUGGCAUCUCUACAACCGAUCGGAGGAAACUCUCUAUGAUAGAGGCGUUUCUUUCUAGAGGGUCCUUAUACUUUUGGAACGAUUCUACCAGAGGAUUAGAUUCAUCUGGGGCACUGGAUUUUGUUCAAUGCUUGAAACGGAUGGCUCGUGUGACGCAGACAAUAAAUUUGGUGAAUAGUACGCAGGCCGGAGAACAAUUUUUUAGAGAGUUUGAUAAAAUUUUGGUGAUAGUUGGGGAAUACCAAGUAUUCUAUGGGUCUCUGGACGAUUGUUUGGAAUUCUUCCAAUCGUUGAAGUUCUACAGGGAUCCGAAUAUUUUACCAGGAGAAUAUGUUAGUGCAGUUGCCCAUGGGUUGUUGAGGAGUCCGCUUGUGAACAGUGAUGUCGAUCUACAUAGAUAUUGGGUUAGCUCAGCGUAUUACAAGGAGUUGUGCGAAUCUAUUGUAGACGUUGAACAAAAGUGCAAUGGUGUGGAGCAUGCUGCCAGUAGCCAUUCUCCUGUUUCUAUGGUGAAUGUGACUAAGUAUUGCUUUGUACGUGCUUAUAGAAGGACCAUUGCAAACAGAUUUUGUACGGCCAUGCGGUUGGCCGUAGUAUUGAUCCAAUCCCUAAUGUUCGGAUUGUUGUUCUAUGAUACACCUAGGAACGCAAUUGGUUCAUAUUCCAGAAGUUCGUUAAUCUUCGUCACAUUGGUAUUCUUCACUGUAUUUUGUUUAGCAGACAUACCUGUCUCGUUUGCUAAAAGGCCCGUAGUCGCAAAGCAGACCAAGCUGCAUCUUUACAGGCCAUGGAUGGAACACAUCUCUAGUACUUUUUGCAUCCUCUCCUUCAAUUGGGGGUUGAUAUCUCUAUUCUCAAUGGUGGUUUACUUUUUGGCCCACUUUCAAUAUGAUUUCCAGAGGUUCUAUACCUUCUUUUCGACGUUAUUGCUUACGAAUUUCUCAAUGUACUUCGUGUUUCAAACCGUCGCUUAUGUCUCUCCAGCUCUUUGGAUUGCCAGAGUAGCCAAUGGUAUUAUAGUUCUGGUUGCCGUAACCCAUGCUUCCUAUGUUAUUCCUUUACCAUCGAUCGGGCCUUUGUUCAAAUGGAUUGCAUAUCUUAACCCGUUAAGAUAUGCAAUGGAGACGAUGCUUUCGAAUGAAUUAGUGAACCUAGUUUUGGAUUGUGAAGGUAAUGAAAUACCUCGCGGACCUGAAUAUGAUCAAUUGGACAUGUCGGAGAAAGUUUGUGCUUGGUCCGGUGCAAAGUUGGGACAUGCAUUUGUCAGAGGCCAUGAGUACCUAGAAGAGGCUUUGUCGUAUUCAUACACCAACACGAAAAGGAAUUACUCAAUACUAUUAGGCGUCGUGGCUUGGUUUGCCAUGACUUCGUUAUUGAGCUGUGAAUACAUCACACCGAUCUAUGCUAAACACCGAUUUGAAGACUACUAUACUCGGUUUAAAGGCAGGAACAGUUUCCUGACAGUUAUUAUAAGCGAUCAGAAGGCAAAGGCCGAGCAAAGGGAAGAUGAGGUUCCAGAUGUGUCUGACGAGAUUAGUUCAGACAGCGACUGUGGAUCUACUAUUGAUGAGCGGUUUAUCAAGAGUGAUAUUUUGAGCCAUUCGAUAUCUAAUUCAAGUUCUAUGCAAGACGUUGUUCUCGGUAGGGAGACACCCCUUGUAUCUUGGAAAAAAUUGACCUACGCAAUCAACGGAAGCCAUCUUAUUAACGGCGUUUCAGGAUAUUUCAGGCCAGGAUUGACCGCCAUCAUCGGCGAGUCAGGUUCCGGAAAGACUACUCUUCUAAAUAUUUUAGGAGGGCGUAUAGUACGGGGUCUUGUUACUGGAGAAGUGUUGGUCAACGGAAAGCUUAUCAGCGACAAGCACACCUUUCGUCAUAAUAAUGCGUACGUUUAUCAGCGAGAUAUUCAUCUUGGUUUGCUGACAGUUGGAGAAACGUUGGAAUUUUCAAGUAGUUUGAGGGGUGACGGAGAUUAUACUUACGUCAAGAAAAUUUCGAAGUUGCUUAAGUUAUCCAGAGGUAGGUUGGUCAAGGAUUUGUCACCAGCAGAGAGGAAGUUGUUGUCUAUUGGUAUAGAGCUUUCAACGAAGCCGUCACUGGCGUUGUUGCUAGAUGAGCCUUUCUCUGGAUUAGAUCCUCCGGAGGCUGCCUCAGUAAUGGGUGUUUUGAGGACACUUGCUAAGAAUGGUUUUGCAAUCAUCUGUACGCUUCACCAGCCUAGCAAGUAUCUCUUUGACUCUUUUGAAAAUGUAGUUAUAUUGAAUAACAGUGGCGAAUGUGUCUACUUUGGAUAUUCCAGAGAUGCAAUUGGAUAUUUUGGUAAGGUUGCAGAUAUGUUAUGUGAAGGAGACGAGAAUCCUGCCGAUCUCAUACUGGAUGCUGUUGAGCACACUCACGGAACCAUUGACUGGGCUAAAUUAUGGGCGCAAUCUUCUGAAAAGGUUUUGGUAGAGGAAGCUAGGAGAUUCCUAGAGACCCAUGCUGCCAAGAUAUCGUAUAUUCAAAACCCUGUCGUUAAACGUUCCUUGCCUAUGCAGCUAUUAUUGGUAACAAAGCGGCAAUUCCUAUUAAUCUCGAGAGAUAAUGGUUACUUGUUUUUAAAGGUAGCCUUUGGAGGAAUUAUUGGGUCCUUCAUUGGACUUACAUAUUGGAAGCAGGACGGAACUAUUGCUUCGAUGCAGAAUAUUCUUUUUGCUGUGUUCACAUCAUUAUGUGUUUGGUAUCCUUUUGCAAGGCAUAUCCAUGUUAAGGCUCUAGAGACUAAGGAGUUGUAUCUUGCUCGUGAGAUGAAGGCGAAUACCUUUUUUUGGCCGGUAAUGAUUGUAGCCCAGUUUAUUGUCGAACUUCCUGCAACUCUUCUUUCUGCUGUGAUAUUUUAUCUGACCUUUUAUUUCUCUCUCAGGUCUGGAGCACUGACGUCUUCUGCCAACGUCAUGUAUUUACUCAAUUUCUUACUCUUUGGACUUUACCAACUCACUUUCGGUCUUUUAGUGGCUUUUUCCUGCACAGAUUUGCAAACUUCAGGGUUGUUUUCAGGCAUUUCGUUGAGUUUAAUGUCAUGUUUUUGCGGGGUUAUUCAACCAUUUGCAAUAAUUCCAGUAUUUUGGAAGCUAAUUUAUCGGGUAUCACCAUAUACCUACUUCAUGGACAGUUUAGUUAGCCUUCUAUUGCAUAACCGCAAUGUCGAAUGCCAUCUCUACGAAAUGACGCCUGCUUUACCCACUGUGGGUCAGACCUGCCGUGAAUUUCUAUCACCACACAUCGCCCUACAUGGCGGUUACUUGGUUAACCCUGACUCUGAUGUACUCUGCAACUAUUGCAUGUACUCGAAAGGCGAUGAUUUCCUAGCCAAAUUUAAUAUGUCAUAUAGCCAUCUUUGGCGUAAUAUGAUAAUCUGUGUCCUAUUCAUUUGCUUUAACAUUAUUGCUACGUUCGGUGCAUUUUAUCUCUUUUCCAUACUAAAAGCCUGGAAACCGUUUCAGGAGAGUUUGCAAAGAGCACUAGACUUUGCCACCUUAAGGACUACUAUAAGACGCACGAUUCGCAGGGUUGCAAUGUGUUAA